AUUAUCUAGAUUGAAAACUAAUUUCUUUAGAACUGCUUUUUGUGUUUGCUUUGUCCUUCCCCCGCACCUCAAAUAAGGACGGUUGGCUACGUACCGUGCGAAAGACGUUCAACAUACCUACACAUACAAACGCGUAGGUUUUCUCCAGGUGCCCUGGUCUCCUCCCACACAUAGCUACUACACAGCUGUGACCUACUGGACUUGUAAUUGUCAUUGACGUCUCUCACAGCAACCAUGGCUAAUGGAACAAGUGGCGGGAGUCCGACCCUACAAACCAACCUGACAUUCAUAGCGACGACCCUAUACACCAACCUGACAUUCAUAGCGACGACCCUAUACACCAACCUGACCUCCAUAGCGACGACCCUAUACACCAACCUGACCUCCAUAGCCCCGGACCUACAAACCAACCUGACCUCCGUCGCCCAGACCCUAUACACGAACCUGACCUCCGUAGCUCCAGCCCUAUACACCAACCUGACCUCUGUAGCCCCGACCCUACACACCAACCUGACCUCCAUAGUCACAACCCUACACUCCAACCUGACGUCCGUAGCUGCGACUGGUCCAUCCGGCGUGGACGUGGAGCUGCUCUACACGUUCGUGUUCAGCAUCAUCAUCCCGGCCGCGGUUAUCCUGGGCGGGGCAGUGAACAUCUGCGCUAGUUGCGUGGUGGUGGCGGUGGUCUCCGGCGAGCGCGUCCUGAGAGAGAGGGCUCGCUUUGUGCUUCUGGUGGGCGCCCUCGUCGGUGACGUGGUCUUCACCGUGCCCGCCAUUGUCACGUACGGCAUGGCAAAACUGCAGCUGCUCAUGCCCAGUGUGGCCGUGUCCAUCAGCGUGAUGAUCAUACGGACCGCCCUCUUCGUGGGAGUUCUCUGCAUCGCAGCGAUGUCCAUGGAGCUGUACAUCGCCGUGUGCCUUCCCCUCCGCCACGCGCGCCUCUGCAACCUCCGCUCGGCCUAUGGCUGCCUCGCCACCACCCUGGCGCUGGGAGCCGCUCCGGCGCUGACUCGGCUCGCGCUUGAGAUCUUGAGCAGCGCCAGCCAAGGCUCCACACUACUGCUAUCUACCGUCUUCUCUAACAGCAUUCAGGGGGGUGGCAGUGCCGCCUCCGGCCCCGGCUCCUCGGUCGCCGCCAACAGCAGCCUCCAAGCGGCCACGGGAGCACCAGCUCAACUGAGCAGCGCGGCCCAGAUGGCAUCCAUCGAGCUGGCUCUGAACAUGCUGAGGCAGGUGCCAGCCGUGUUGGUGCUGGUGCUGGCCUACCUCUGCGUGAUCGGGAGCUACGUGCUCGUGUCAAAGGAGUGCCAGAGGGUCUCGCAGCGAGGGAGGACGAGGAAGACGAUCGGCGGAUUCCAACAAAAGUCCAAGAACAUAAAUCUCGGCUCCGGAGAGGCACCUCUGCCGGGCAACAAGGGAGCUGGAGGCAAGCAAGGCACUCCGUUGGAGUCUCAAGACGCCUCCGAGGACAGCAAGAACCCAAACCGCGCACGCAACACAAUAGGCAUCCAUGCGGUGCAGCUCACGCUGUACCUGAGCGCUCUCUACUACCCCUACAUGCACGGAAUCAUCGAUGGCACGGUGGCCGUGCAGGAGUGGCGUCUGCGCUACCGGGCUCUCGUCUUCCUCUUCUGCUUCGUCCUCCCGCGGGCGCUGUCUCCCGUCGUGCACGGAGUGCGGUCCCGGGAGCUGCGAAGGGGCUGGCGCAAAAGGAUCGGAGCGGCAGGAGCAGGAGGACUGGGAGGAAGAGGAGAAGGAGUGGGCGGUGGAGGAGAAGGGGAAGGAGGGAGGGAGGCAGGGACAUUAUGAGGAGUAAUGGGGUCAGAACGUGGACGGGACGUGUCGCAUGAGAGCGUGUGUGUAGUCUGUUUAUUCUUCUUUGGUACCCAUUACGUAGUUUAAGCAGAUCAUAACACUCAGGAUGGUCUCGAAACGAUACGUACAUGAAUGUGAAUACUGGACACCUGUGAUGACUGGACAUCUGUGAAAAAGAGCUUCAUAGCUCAUCGGAUUCCUCCAGUCUAAAAAAAGAGUGUCUUUAUUAAAUAACUGUGGAGGCAACAGCAUCUACCAAUCUUGAUUUGAAUCUACCAAUAACUAUGACCGUCUCUGGACUACUACGACCUUCUUCAGCUGUCCACUGUGAGCGAUUAUGACUGCGGAGAACAGCGAGCAGCAGCAUUGCGAGCAGGCGAGAUGAGAGCCCAGACCUUGAAGCAUCGCCGCGCUGUGGGCAAGAGUUGUUGCUCGUCCACUGAAUUGGAUCUGUGUUGUGCCACUGCUGGUGUUGAUGCUGAAAAAAUAACAUUUCCCUUUUUAUCCUCAACCCUCUUUAACCUAAUCGGCUUACAGCCACUUCUGCACUGCUUACAAUUGGCUCUGACAUUUUCUCCCACGUGUCCACAUUCAUAUUUGGCUGUCUUGAGCUGUUAUUUUAAGGACGUAUUUGUAGCGCAGUUUUUGGCCACCAGGAAUACGCGUUGUCCUUCUUUGAGUUCAUCGUAAAAGGAGGGUUUUAGGAAGCCGAUGUUCUGGUAUUCGAGUUACGUUGUCCUGCACAUCUCAACUGAGAUGAGGUCACUGUUGCCUUUACACUGGGGAUCCCAGCUCUCGCCAGCACCUCAACUGCCUACGAGCUUGCACGAUUUCCACCCUUGUUGACGUGUACGUUUUCAACGCGUGGUCUAUUGUUACGAUUACAUCAGCCUCGGUUAAAUAAUUAAUCGAGCACUGUCGUUUACACCAAUAUAAUCACCCGAUAGGCUCAGUGAUGGCAUCAACGUUGUUCUAUUGAGACCGAAACAGGAAUAAUUAUUAACAAUCCUGGCUAAUCGCCUGAUGAGGCUGGUUGUUGUAAUCACCGGAUAAAUGUCAUGGUCCUCGAAUUGUAAAUGUUGUGGAUUUACUCUCCAACGCACCAGUGUGCUGUCGUCACUAAUAAAAACGUUUUGUUUAUGUCAUUAACCUUACUAAUUGGCUGUGUCGGGUGGUAUCGGGUUUAAAGACACAUUUAUAUUUGUGUAAUCUAACCCCCAAAAAAACCUUUAUUAUGGGUUUGCAAAUGUGAUUUGUAACUUUGAACCUGACCCGUGUAUCAAUAGUUCAAUUUUAAAGUACAAUGUAACCUUGCUUCCUCCCUUAAUAUCGUAAAUUUACCUUCAAACAAUAUCUUGAAGCAGAAGACUGGUGCUGGACACAGCCACAUUUGCAAAUGUAAUUUGUAACUUUUAUCCUUACCUGUAAUAUCGAUAGUUACUGUGCCAUUUUAUUGAGGGAUUACUCCUGUGUGGUGUUGUCUUGGUGUGGUCUGGAACGUUUUUGUUGUUGUUACUGCCUUGCCUAAGUUUGAUAAAUCGAACUAAUAUAGUUAAUUUACUAUUUAUAUUUAGUAACUUGUUUACCAUUUGAUCUAUUUUGCACUGCCCUGAUCGGAGGUGCGGGGGAAGGACAAAAUACUAAACACAAACAGCAGUUCCAUAGAAAUUACUUUUCAAUAUAGAUUAUUUAAAAGUGUAUAGCUCCAGUGGCUUCCUAAUAUCAAAAGGGAAAGCGUUCCAGACGGCCGCAGCAGGGCAUCCAUAAUCACGAGAUGCGGUGACCGUCUUUGUUCGAUGGCCACCCAAAAGCCACUUCUGCGAGGAUGACCGGCGUUUGCGUGAUGAUGGUUUAUGUUCCUUGACGCGAUCAGCAAUGUAAUCGAGGGACUGCACAAAACGGC